AUGGAGUUAACAAAUUAUAAAAAUAAAAUUAACGAUGUUUUUGUAAAGUUAUUUCAGCCAGGUUUUGAAAUAAACAAUUAUUAUGCUGAAAAUCUGCUCAGGUAUUUGGAGGAUUGUCCAGAUAAAGAUGCUGAAAAAAUUUUCGAUUCGUCAUUCUUUUCCGAACUCAUCCUCUACGCACUAGCGAACAUUGGAAAUACGUCGACCUUAGUCAAGGCGCUGAUCUUGGAGGUGGCAACAAUCCUCUUCAAGAACGAACUUCACUUCAACAAACUUCAACAGAUGCAGGGAUUCGAAGAGAUAGCUCUUAAACUGUUCGAUGCAGUGAGGGGGUCGACACCUACCAUUUACAUGUCAGGCUUAAAACUUUUUACAGCUCAAAUCUCUCAUUACACAGGUCUAAGCUGGGUCAUUCAGCACAAAAUAUGGACUCGUGUUUUCUUACCAGACCUUCAUACGUUUCCGAAGACAAUACUUCACGCUUGCUGCCAAUACAUAGCGAAGUUGACCUGGAAGCUAAACGAAUACGGAGAAGAUGGAGCACUUUGUGAAGUGCUUCAGUUCAUUCUUGAACCUGUAGAAACUCAAGAUUGCCUGUCUAAAUAUCAAUGCAAAGUCAUUGACGUGGAAGCCGAAAAAAAUAUAUACGAACCGAUGGUUCCAAAUCUCCACGUUUUACUAAUGAUUCUCAACGAUACGGAAUUGGGCAAACCAAACAAGGUGAUGAAAUUUUUUCUGACAAGAAUUGACUUAAUGAAGUCUCCAUUCCAAAUAAUGAUGGAGGUGUCUAGAGAUCCUGAUACAGUUUUGUUGCUGUAUCACAUUUUUAUUCGUUUAAAGUUGCAAGUGAUUCUAGAACCUAAAUUCAAAGACACAUGUCCGAAGGCCGCUAAUGAUAUCAUAACAUUGUACUACAAUAUGAUUCAUUAUUUAAUACUCGAAAAACGUUUAAUACUAGCUGCAUUAGAUUUCUUCAGGCAAAAUAUUUUGUUUUGGUCCAAAGUGAAAAAUAUAGAAUUUGAGAGAUACGGAAGAACCUUUGAAAUUCGAAACCAGUUUAUGAUGUUGCUGCUAAAUCCUUUGAUCAUGCAUUGCUACGAAGAAUUUGGUAAAAGCAACGACAAGAAAGGAUUAGAACAUUUGGAUUUGUACUACAAUAAGAUCGUUGAUAUGACGACAGAGCAUAUUGUUAAGGUUGGCUACUCAUUCAGAGCGGCGAUGAUGGCUUGUAGUAACAGAAAGAAAAUUGUGAUAGAGACGAUAAAGCAGCUGAUGACACUGAAAGGUCAUUUGAGUGGUACUCAAGCAGGAAUCGUGUACCAAGCCUUGUUUUACGUGUUGCGAAUUUAUGUUGCAUGUGAGGAUGGGGAUAAGUUUCCCGUUACUUUGACGUCCCCUGAAGACGUGAAAUUGCUCUCUUUGACGCUGGAAAUAAUGACUCUGCUGCUGAAGGAGCACAACAUAAACUGGUAUGAAACCCUUGAGAUCAUAUGUCUCCAAAACUUUCUGAUGACUCUGUUGGCACAAAAUAUUUUAUCGACAAAGUUACAACUUCAAGUGUUGACUUUGAUCGAACUGAGCAUCACGAAGUUCCUCUCGCCAGAUCUGGCAUUGCUGAUGGAAACUGGGGCCGGCAGUACACUUAACGAAAUCGGACAAAUGAUCAAGUCGUACCUGCAGCACGACGACUGGGAGAUCAGGGACUCCGCGUUGCAACUGGUGCACAGUUGCACGGAUGUGGCUUACAUAAAAUACAUUCCCCUACAGAAAGUCUUGUCGGAGUACUGUCUGGUGACCACGGCAACUCACUUGGCGCUUCGCGAUGAGAACUUUUACGUGCAGGCCACGGCGCUGCGAUGCCUCGCAGAGGCGACGAAGAUCCAGGUUUUAUGGACGGACGUCUUGGCAUUAUAUCCUAAUAUAUAUGAGGAACUAGCCAACGUUUUGAAAAACAAUUCCGAAGGAAUUGUGAGGAAAGAAGCCGCCAAUGUCCUUACUGAAUUGUACGUCAACCGAAAGGUCACACACAGCUUAAGUGAGAUGAUGUACAAGGUGAUGAGCACAGCUGCAGUGGACGACUUGCAUUGGGAAGUGCAGCUUGCAGCGCUGCAAUUUUGGAGACAUGCGAUAAAAUUUCAGUUUUCAAAUCGGGGUAUGAUCGACGGAAAGUUUCCAUCAGUGACUUUUUCGAAGGAAAAAAGGAAAAUAAUAAUGUUAAAUGAUCGCGAAAUCGAGAAAAUUCUCAUAUCAAUUAUGAACGACCUGUCAGCGAUUGGAUGCUUGACUGUUCUUCACAAAUGUCUUAACGAAGAAUGGAACAUAGAUGUUAUGGAACUUGCUUAUUCUGUGAGUAACGAUUUAAUCCAAAUACUAGAUUGCUAUAGGAUCAAAUUUGACCCAGGCAAAUCGAGAUGCGCGGAUGUCGACACCAAUUAUCCAUUUUUCAUUGAUCCCAACGAUAUUGAAAUGGGCCUAUGUGCGCCAUUGCACAAUACAGAUAAUCGCGACGAAGUAAUAGAAAAUAUUGUGAAUACAAAUGAUGCAGAUAUAGUGUUAGAAUUACAUUGCAAGUCUAAUAAAGUGAAAGCAAACUUGAUAGAAUGUGACAAUUUACUUACAAAGUCAGUUCAAUGUUUCGAUCCUUACAAGUUUAUACAAAGUUUCAAAGCGGACGAUUACUUAGCGAUUAUCGAUAGUAAAAAAAAAUGGCAUUCGGGUCCAAGAAAUUUAGAUGCUUUGCUAGAUGACCUUUUACUUUUAGGACAUGAAUACAAAGUAGGUACAUAUUGAAGAGUGUAUGAGUGAAAAAGUACACUUUUUUAUGAUACACCUAAUUAAGUCUUAAAUAGUGUUAAGGUGACAUGUAAAAUACAAAAAAAAUACAAUGUACCA